UUCAACAAGCACGUACGCGUCGCGUCUCGUCGUCGUCCGUUCGGUACAUACAUUUUUCAUCUAAAAAUUGUUAGCAAAAGUCCGAUUUUCGUGGUCGUCGUUUUCGUUACUGCGUUCGCGUGUGAUUAUGCAGUGUAUCUAUGGUACGGGAAAUAUGAAAGCAAAAUUGUUCAGCGAAAUGCGAGCACAGGAAAAAAUGAGCACAGGAAAAUUGCAGCUUUUCUGCAGUUGGCCACUUUGAAGAGCAGUAAUUUUUAUGGUUGCACAGCCAGCCAAGUGUCUGUAGCAGAAGAGUAAUCGGGAAAAAGUUGGCUUUAUUUUGUACAUGAAGUGUAUUUUGCUUUGUUGGAGCAGGUUGCUCGUCCAGGCCACGAAUCGAGACAGCACUCGUGAAAAAAUGGUACCGGGAACAAAGUGUUGAAAUUGAAGAAAAAUAAAUUCCUAAUUUCGGGAAAAGAAGGGCGUUUGAGAAUGAUGGUUGUGUGCGUGUGUAAAUUUAUUCGGUUGAUCAACGAUUGUAGUGUUGGUGUGAAUGCGACCAUUCAGAUGAUGGCUGAUGUCUGCCAUUGAGUAGUAGAAUAAUAAUAAAUAAUUUGUGAAAAUAAUAGCGGCUAAAGGCAGGCGUCAGCAACAGUGAGUGCAACGCAAACGCGAACAGCAGAAACAGCCGCCGACAGUGGAUUUGGUAGCCGCAGUGUUGAUCAUGUGGUAACUCAUCACACUUACCGAAAAAAAUAUUUAGUGUACAGUGCUUUUAAAUACAACAUUUAGUGUAAAUAUUUGCAUUCAUUAUGUGCGAAAUAAAAGCUGUCCCUUUGCGAAAGCGAUUGACAUUCGGAACUGAGUUGGCAAACCAUUGCGCUUCGUGUGUGUUUGCGAACUGCCUGUGAGCGACAAAUUACUGCUGGAAGCGUUAAUCCUGGAAUUGAUGGAACCGAACGACACCGGAAAAUUACAUUCAUCAAACACGCGAGCAAAAACUUUUUAGGUGGGGCCGCAAAUGAAAACGUCCCAUUUUCGCUCAAACUACGACUUUUCCGGUCGACCAACAGUAGUUUCUCCGUCGUCGUCGUCGCCGUUGCUGGAGUCGUUGCGGCAUUCUAAGCAAGAGAAUCAGCAACAGCAGUACUGUUUGACAGCGGCAAACAGUUGCUUAUCGCUUUGCGAACAACAACAACAGCAGCAUCGGCACGAUCAAUUCGUUGAAUUCCGUGAAGGAUUUUCGCGUCGAAGAAGUAGAAGCAGCAGCACUGGCGAGGAGUUUUUUCCGCGGGAGGGAUCCCGAUUGGUGUCACCUGUCAAUCAGCAACCGUAUCCAAAGCGAGUGAUAGAUUGUGAAGAUCUCCAGUGUACCAUCGUUGACCAAACCGCCAUCUUGCGACAUCAGCCGUCGUCGUACGAAAAACACUCGUCGACACGUGGCAAUGACGAACCGGUCGUUUCCGGCGUAACCGGGUGCAACAGUAAGUACCGCCAUCACCGCAGAAGCGAGGCACAGUUGGAAAGCCUGUCGUCGUCGAUCUACCACCGACGUCAGAGCAUUGCUGGCGAGUACAUCUCGGAACAAGUGUCUCCCGUGCCAGCGGUCGUACGAUCGAAUGUGGUUUUAAUCGACGGUAGCCAAUUGUGGCAGCAGCAGCACCAGCAUCCGGUGCCGAUAUCGGUCAUUUACGAAACGUCAUCGUCACGCUACGAUGGUGGAUUGAAUUCUCAUCGUCAGAAUCAGCACCAUCCGCAGUCGAGUAACGCGAAUAACCUGUUCGCUAGCCAGCACCAUCGUUUCCAGUAUCGCCACCAUCACGCAGCUGACUCUUUGGCAGACGCAGACUGUCGAAGCGGGAUCAGCCAGCAGCAGCAACAGCAGAUCGAAACCGGUGGCGGCGGCGGUGGUCACAUAAAGUAUUCAUCGUCGCAAAAGGUACCAACCGGAGAAGCGGUUCCAGUAGCAGCCAAACGCAAACGAGAUACAGCUGAGUGCGACUGUGGUUGCGUCGAAAGUGCUACGGUUGUUGUGACCACUACCUCGACUACCAUCAACACCACCACUAACGUCGAUACCGGCAGUAGCAAUAACAAUAGCAGCACCAACACCAGCAAAGGAAGCGGUGGUAGCGGCACCGUAGUUGCGGCUUCUUCGGGGGCUAUGGGUGCCCCAUCCAACGGUACCAAGACGGCACAUUCUAAGGUGGCAACCGGGGGAGGUCAUGCCAACACGCAGACCUCCAGCAAACGCUCGAGCAGCGGUGCCGAUGGAGACUACCAGCUGGUGCAGCAUGAGGUGCUGUACUCGCUGUCCGCACAGUAUGAGGUGUUGGAGUUCCUCGGCCGGGGCACUUUCGGCCAGGUGGUGAAAUGCUGGAAAAAAGGCACCAGCGACAUUGUGGCCAUCAAGAUCCUCAAGAACCAUCCGUCGUACGCACGGCAGGGCCAGAUCGAGGUGUCGAUACUGUCCCGACUGAGCCAGGAGAAUGCAGACGAGUUCAACUUUGUGCGGGCGCUCGAGUGUUUCCAGCACAAGAACCACACCUGUCUGGUGUUCGAGAUGCUCGAGCAGAAUCUGUACGACUUUCUGAAGCAGAACAAAUUUUCACCACUGCCGCUCAAGUACAUUCGGCCGAUCCUGCAGCAGGUUCUAACGGCGCUGUUGAAACUAAAACAGCUCGGUUUAAUUCACGCUGAUCUGAAGCCCGAAAACAUCAUGCUGGUGGAUCCAGUUAGGCAACCGUACAGGGUGAAGGUAAUCGAUUUCGGUUCGGCAUCACACGUGAGCAAAACGGUGUGCAAUACGUACCUGCAGUCGCGCUACUACCGCGCUCCGGAAAUUAUUCUCGGAUUGCCGUUUUGCGAGGCCAUCGACAUGUGGUCGUUGGGUUGUGUCGUAGCUGAAUUAUUUCUCGGGUGGCCUCUGUACCCGGGCUCUUCUGAGUAUGAUCAAAUCAGGUACAUAUCGCAGACACAGGGUCUCCCAACCGAACACAUGCUUAAUAGCGCUAGCAAAACGGCAAAGUUCUUCUACCGGGACGUCGAAUCUACGUAUCCCUUCUGGCGGCUGAAAACACCCGAAGAACACGAAGCGGAAACGAACAACAAAAGCAAAGAGGCUCGCAAGUACAUUUUCAACUGCCUGGACGAUAUCGGUCAGGUGAAUGUUCCAACCGAUAUCGAAGGUGGCCAGCUUCUGGCAGAGAAGACUGAUCGGCGAGAGUUUAUCGAUUUGCUAAAGCGAAUGCUAACGAUCGACCAGGAACGGCGCAUAACUCCGGGCGAAGCGCUGAACCAUCCAUUCACAACACUAGCCCACCUGGUGGAUUACGCCCACUGUAACAACGUCAAAGCGUCCGUCCAGAUGAUGGAGGUGUGCCGUAGGACGGACUCGAUGAUUCACACUUACAACUUGAGCGUACAGCCAACAACCGCCACGUUAGUGACGAAUUUCGUUCCGAACGCUACCGAGAACAUGACCAUUACGUUCAACAAUCAGGUACAGCGAAUUGUACGCGAGCGUGGCCCAACGUACGAUAACCAUCUGUACCAGAUCUAUCGGGGUCGCGGUAGUCAAUACAGCAACGCUCGACCGGAUGCAUUCCAGCAUCAGUUGGUCUCCAGCAUUCUCUGCCCACCGGGCUACCAGACAAUGCCAAGCCCGACGAAGCACGUCGUCGUCGGGGGCACUUCAAUGCAGCCUCCACUGCAGGUUCCCCCGCAACAGUACGUCAAUGUUCCUGUUCCCGUAUCGAUGGUCGAACCAUCAUCCGGGCAGCGCAUGCUGCUGACCAAUGCAGUUCAGCCGAACGUCGCCUGGCCUCAGAGUGGCCGCCAGGUGGCGAUUGUGCCAUCGUGGUCGCAACAAACCGGACCACACUCGCUGAUCGUAGACUCGGCUCCGUUUCUCAACGUGGAGGAAAUUUAUCCGAAACCACACCUGAAUAUUCAGACCAGACACGAGCCGAAGAAGGAAUCGCCGGUACAUCAUUUGGUCGUCUCACGCCACGACAAGAAAGAGAACAACCAACUCUCGCCGGUGAAGAAACGCGUAAAGGAGAACACACCGCCGCACCAGCAAAGGUACAACAACCGGACUCACAUGUGCCAGCAGUACCACGAUAUGGGCGGUUCGUCUUCAUCGUCAUCGUCGUUCUAUCACGGUGGUGGUGGUAGCAGUAACAACCAGCUCCAGCAGGUCCAACAGCAGCAACAAAGCCAACAGGCGCCGUCACACCAUCACCAUCAGUCGCAUCAGCAGUCGCAGCAGCAGCAGCCACCGCCGCCGCCUCCGAUGCAGCAGGCCAGUGGUAGCGGUAGUAGCCAUCAUCAUCACCAUCACUACCAAUCGAUGGAACCGAAUCAGAUGAACAGCGGUGGGCUAGGAAGUGGAUCGAGUAAUGUACAAAUUCACCAUUCGUCGUCCUCGUCCUACGGAGGCGGCAAUGGUAGCAACAUGAUGAUGGGAAGUGGUAGCAUUUACCACGGCUCCGGAAGUGGCCAUCAUCAUGGCGGUAGCAGCAAUAGUCACAUACACCACAGUCACAGUCAUAGUGGUGGAUUGGCCAGCAGCAGUAGCAAGCAGCAAACGAUUACGAUUCACGAUACUCCCUCUCCGACAGCGGUUAUUACUAUUUCGGAUAGCGAAGAUGAAACACCGGAAGUCAAAUUGCAACAUCAACAACAGCAACAGCAGCAGCAGCAACAACAACAGCAGCAGCUACAAUCUUCUAGCAGCUCAAAGUCACAACAACAUCAGUCGACUAGCAUGUGCGGUGGUGGACCGGGUUCCAGCAGUGGUUUGCAUCUCCGAGGACAUCCAUCAUCGAACAGCGGCAGCUCCUCCUCCUCGAAUCAAUGUCGAGCGAACAUGGUCAUGAGUGGCAAUGUGGGAGGUGGUGGCGGAAACAGCACUAUCAGCUGCGGUAUCAAACCCUCCUCGUCGUCGUCGAACAUUCAUCACUCAUCUUCCUCUUCGUCGUUGGUUGCAUUAAGUCAGCAACCUCCGCCACCUAGUAGUAACAACUCUCACCAUCAUUCGCAGUACCAUAUGCAUCAUGCUCCGCAGCCACACUUACAUCUACAGCAGCAACAGCCACCGCAACAGCAUCACACCAGUGUGAUUAGCAGUGGAAGUCAGGCUGGCGGAAGCAGCAUAUGUGGUGGUAUUAACAGUAACACAGGAACUCUGCCCAGCCGACAGAGAAAGAGUACGGCGGUGGCUUCCACUUCGACAGCAUGCGUCACCGUUGGUGACAGUGAUGGGGAAAAUGAUCGACGCAACACUCCCAAGCAUCAAACUAUCAAAUACGAACAACAUGUGGGACAAUCGCAAAAGAAGAGAUUGCUGGCGAUGGCACAGAACGAAUGCCUUUUAUCAUCCACCAAUCAGCUGCACGUACCAAAGCAAGAACCGACGGAGUUUAUAGCCUACGAGUAUCCACAGAUGGACAAGCGUUCGUCGUGGGCUCCGCCAGGCUCCUCGUCGCACUACGGUGGUAACAGCAGCGGUAGUGGUCACAAACGUGAAUCGUCCAACUACAUAGCAGCGUCAUCGUCGUCGUCAUCGGUUAACCAGGGUGGCAAUGGAAGCAUGAUGGGAGGCAGCAGCAGCAUGGGAGGAUCGACCAUUGUGGCAGCUCCGCCACAUGCACACGCAAAGAACACUCCCACCGGCAGUGGCUCAUCCUGGGGAGCACCCGUGUAUCGACAACACCAGCAGAGCUCCAACACUCCGUUGGGAAGCUCGCCGGGAGCGAUACUGCAGCAGCAGGAUAUCUACGCCCAGGGUGAUAUCUAUCGGCGGUCGGCGGUAUUUGUGUCGCAGGCACCGUACCAGACGUACAACCGUGUUGUACCCCCGCCGGCUCACAACGCUUCCAGCAGACAGGUUCUUCCUACGCAUCCCCUUCCGGCGCACAUCCAAUUUCCGACGCAGUACAGCCAGUUUGCGCCGCUCAGUCCAGCCCAGAUCGCUAACAAACACUACGCAUGGUUCGGCGAGUAAACAACGAUGCUGCAGCGGCAGCAGCGCGCCCGCCCACUCGUGGUUCCGGAAGCUCAGGCAGACCGACCCGGGUUAGGUUACCUCUCGCAAGCAACUCACCGUACCGCAGAGUCUGAGGUAUCCUUUUGAUGCGGUAGAACUGUUUUCACCAGCAACACACACACACACCACAAAAAAGGUAGCUGGUAAUAUUGAACAUAUUGGCAGAGCCAGCCAGAAGAGAACAUCAGCUGGGAUCAGCUGAACACAGAACUGCUGGAUAUCCUUUUAACCCCUCGUUAGGAGUAGGCUUUCAUUAGUAUUUUUGUGAAACGAAUUAUUUUAAGCACGUUUCUUCAGGGGUCGUCUGUCUAUGUUGACCUGUCAGGUUAUAUUAUUGUAUACAAGUAUAUUUUGUCAUUUGAAUUGCGCCUUUGCUUUGUUCUCGUAGAUGAAAGAGCGUCACACUCGUGAGAAAUAGGUUGAUAAAGAAUCACAAACACACAAUAACUAUUAAUGUAGGGCUUUUUGUUUGUUUAAUUAUUUCACUAUUGCUACCUUACUGCAACACUAAACGAAACUCUAGGAUAUAGGGACAAAGUUUGUCAUUUUAAAUCACCUUUCCCUCCUCUUGCAUAGUUCGAGAUAUGUACACACAUACACAAACGAUUCACAGUUCUAUACAUUUAUACAUUAUACAUAUGUGUGAGCAACUACUAAUAGUGAUAGAGAGGAAAUGUGUAGUGUCUAGUAUUUAGGAGCCGGCUACACACGCCCCCUCUCUCAUCCUUCCGUGGUUCUAUUCUCCGCUAACGUGUCUGAAAUUCCCGGUCGCGAAACGAGGGGGUAGUGAAACGUGCUAAAUGUGAUUUUUUUUAUCUAAUACUUAGAUAUAGUUCGAAAUUGUUUGAAUUUUGUGGCUCUGUUAAAUGCAAGCUAAUUCGCGAAUGUCUGAUGAAACUAGGAACGAUAACACAACAAAGAAGACGAAAGUGUAAAGAUAUACAAUUAAUAACCGGGAAAGAGCAAAACAAAAAUCAGCAUGAGUUUGAAGUCGUCGAACACAUAGAUCUCACCAUUAUUCCUGCAUUUCUGAAAGCGGGAGCUGGAAGCGCUGGUAAUCAACCAGGCUCAACACUCAACAGUUGCUAUUAUCCGACACACUUUGAAUGCGAAACAAUUGAGCCGACUAACUUUUUCGGUUUUCGUCGGUUGAUUCGUUUCAGGAAUGCAUCUAGCCGAUUUGAGGCUGAACAAACGUUUGCAGAUCGGAUUUAAUUAUGAUUUAGACUUGUUUGUUUUCCACACAACCCUUUACCCUUACAAACAAAACGGGGGAUAGACCCCCACCCCAUCCCACACACCACACAUACACACAAAACACGUUAUUAAGUGGUCAGCUUUUGUAAAUAUAGUUCGUAGAUUGAGAAAUAAUGGGAACGAGCAUAAGGAAAUACUGAAACAAUAAUAUAUUUUUGUGCAUAUUUUAUAUUUAUAUAUAUCUGUAGCAAAAAAAAAACUAAAAACAAACCGGAGAAAUGACACGUAAUAAAAA